AGCUGUUCGCAUUUGUUGAAGUCUGAACAUUCCGCUGGAACACCUGAUUGACGAACCUUAAUUUUUUCCAGCCUCGAAUUCUCGUAACGCAUCCGCCAUUUGACGCUAUUAGGCGCUCCGAUGACAUUCUAUUUUGGUCUGUUAUUUCCGGGCACUGGAGAACACCCGGACACAGGAGUGCUUUACGCCCAUCAGUCGGGCUAGACUCAAAAAAACGCAUACUGCCAGUGUGGCCCUUCACCAAAUACCACUAGCAGCUGAUGCGGCGGCCCAGCUCAGAUCCGCGGGUACAUGUGACUGUCCUCGCUAGAAGACGAGCCUUUCGCUCCGAUACCGUGGCGCGACUCCGGUAUGUACACAGGUUGCUCCGAUCAUGGCAGCGGCAUCCUGAGCCUCGUAUGAAAAAGCUCAGUGACUAUCACGGUGGUCUUCCGAGUCGGAACUUGAAUUGGUCUCCCUUAUUUGAUUCUCCCGUCCUAAUGGCUCCUGAUCGUUUGGCAACAGUGCAGCAUAAAUAUGGCAGAUCAAAUUUUCUGUGCAUGCAGAGGGCACUAGCAGGCUCACAUCGACUCACAGAAUCAUGUCGGAAGGCAGGUAUGAAGCCCCAAACCUCCGCUAGAAGGUUCCGAAAAUCCACGCGAUGGCAGAAAUCAUUACGAAAACUCGAAUCAUGCAUGUACGUUGAAGAGAACCUGGUUGCGGUUCUAGUGCACAGAAUCAAGGAACCCAGGUCAUACUGUCCCAUUCGUGCAUGAUAUAACUAGCAUUGUAGCCAUGCAUGUUUUUACUGUUGCGAGCCUUUAGUUAUAUGAUCACAGACAAAACAUACAUGAUAUAUGCAUGCUAUGCAUGACCUGGUGCGCCGUGCCAUGCUUGUGCCACGUAGUAGUGCAUUACAUAAUUUCAAUAAGCGCGUGUCGCUCAUUCAAUGAAUCCAUUGAUAUGACAGGAGGAUGGCCUGGAUGCCUAGGAUGUUUGGUGAUA